AUUCCACCUCGGAGGACCCGAGUCCAUGGCCCAAUCUCGCUGCACCUCUCGUCAACCGUCGACGGCCAAGAUUGCUCCUGCCCCUGGCUUCGACUCCUUUUUAAAUAUAGCGUCCAUGGCCAAACAGCAAGAAAUGGUCAAUCUCGCAUCCACCACCAUGUGGGCCGGCACACCUGAGAUAUAUCAACCGCCUCGGGCGCGUGUCUUCAGUCCACGUCCACGUCCACGUCCACGUCUCCGUUGUUUUUGAUUUGACCCUUCCACCAAAACCCCAAGGUCCUGACAGAGAAUUUUUGUCUGCCCGUCGCCCUCUGACCUACGCCGUCUCCAUCCAGAACUCAGCAAGGCUCUUGUUUGCCUACUUACUUACUUACUCACACAUCUUCUCUUGUCUCACAUCGGUCUGCACGAUACCACAACACCAGAGCCUCAGCGAAAAUGGGUAAUUCUCACGACGGUGCCGCCUUGAUCCAGUCCAGCACGGCCUGGAUCAUAGGCGCAUUUCUAGUCUUGAUCCUCCUCGUCGUGGGUUUGAGCAUUGGUCUGCGAGUGCUGUACGUUCGCAAGUGGAAGCCAAGGUACGAGAAGGUACACGAUCCGGUCAAGGACGUCGAGGCAUCAGGAGGCGCCCAGACCCGCCAGAGGACCCUCUCGGAGAUCGACACAAGCUAUGCACCAGCUACGCCUGCCCCCGCGACCAUGGCAAUGAGGGCGAGUGUGGACGAGGGCGAGAUUGCUCGGAGCGAGGCCCUCCACGGCUACUACCACGCCCCCGCCGAGGUCAGGUACAACUCAGGUCCUGAUAGUGGCGAGGACAGGAAGACCAUGUUCACGUGAUCUCGAUGACGACCAAGUGCGGUGGGGAUCUUCCACGGCUUCGGGGCCUCGGCAGCGCCAGACAAACCGGACAUGGCCGUCCUCGGCCGCGCUCUUCAACGGCUCCCUGGCUUCGAUGUAGGGUGCUUGGGUGCAUCGCCCGAUGAAGCCGGCGGAAAGUGCAUGCCACCAGGGCUUGGCAGGUCGAAUGGCGGUGUAUGGCUGUCGGAUCAGCAUCGAAACGCACAUCGACACCCGCAGAUUAUCUGAGCUCUGGGCACUCGGGAUCAGGCGAGGCCCCGGGGAUUCGGUUGCAGUGGUUGCCAACACCUUUCAAAGAGCAUGGUUCACCUUGAACGACCAACAGCAGAGAGCCGGUUUGCUUGUCCUCGUGCGAAUUCCGAAGCGCUAUCGCAGCCCAGUCAGAGCAAACGGGAGGAAAACACAUAUCUGCACAGCUCCGGUGCCCCGAUGACCGGCGUCAAUCAGGUGUCCAGUCUGACUUGCCCAUUCUCGAUGGGAAGUGAUAUCUCUACAUGGCCGGCACGCCUGGCCCACGAAUCUAGGCCAUUCAUGGGCAAUGAACUAGCAGUGGUGGCAUCAUCACGAUGACUAGUCGACUAGGAAGCUGCAGGGUGGUUUCGCGCUCUCAAGGCUGCUGUGAAACAUGUAGACCUGCCAAAGAAAGUGUUCAUUCUGCCCUCCGUUUGCAUGGGACGAUGCUUCAAACAGGGUCAUUGAUAGAUCAUCUGUUUUCAUCCCCGCCCGGGAACAGCCUAUCACAUGCAGUAACUUGAACAUUUUUUUAGGCCCAGUUAUCUUGGAGCAUUAGGCAGUACUCUACAGAAGCCGAAGAUGUCUCAUACCAGCUGCGACAACAGGGAGGUAAUUAUUGAAUAAUAGGACAGGAAAUUGAAUUUAUUGCCAGUUGC